AUGUUAUUGUACUUACAGGCUGUGACCAGGAAAAAGUUUUCACAUCCUGAUGACUUCAGAAAGUCUCUUGAAAAUGGCGUACUUCUGUGCGAGCUUCUGAACAAUCUGAAACCAGGAUCUGUGAAGCGAAUCAACAAACUGCCUGGUCCCAUUGCUGGCUUGGAUAACAUUAAUGUGUUUUUAAAAUCUUGCCGGGAGACCCUUGGACUUGGCAGUAAUCAGCUGUUUGACAUCGGGGACUUGGAGGAUUUAUCCCAGCGAGCUAUUGCAGACUCGGAUAAUCUGAAGCAGGAAGUCGACAGAAGAGCUUUGAAUGUGGCCAUUACUAUUUUCUGGCUAGGAAGAAGUGUUUCUCAAACCUACAGUGGUCCACAACUAGAUCAGUCAGCAUUCUCUGCGAUCGUUCGGUACAGCGGAAAAGACCUCCUCCCAAAACAACGACACAGGAAUGAUUCCGUUGAUUCCUCUGACCAAACCUCUAGUGCCUACAGUUCACACGAUGCCAACUCGCGAGUGAGCAAUGAGGACUCAUUAGAAAACAAACACAUCAGGGAUAGUUCUUGUGAUUCUUUUGUCUCGAAGGAAUCUACCCCUAGUCUUGAUUUAGAAGAUGAAAGCAUGCCUGGUUCUGUAACCAGUAAAAUGAGGAGAUAUAAUAGUGCAGGUUCUCUGAAUACAAGCGGUGGCUACCAUUUCUCUGCCACCCAGAACAGUAUCAAUGUGGAUGACUAUGGUCACACAAACUCCAACCACCACCGGCGGGGGUCCUCCACUGACAGUAUGGACAGCAGCAGUUACCUAGGUAACCACUCGCGGCAGUCCUCAGACAGUGCUAGUGUGGAUAUUCCCACUCGGACAUUGAAGUCCCAGAGGAAGGCCAGUUCCUCGACUCUGGACCCUCUACAGUUUGUCAAGUCCAAGGGAGCAGAUAAACUGGCCAAGGAGGCCCAGGAACAAAUAGAGGCAGCCAAGGAAACCAAACUGAUGUCAAGGUCAGUCAUUCCUGAGAAGGAUGAUGUGGACUGGCAAUCGACUACAGAUGACCUUGGCGACUGGCAAUCAAAUCUAAGCAGUUGGAAGAACCGCCGGCGGCGAGCGUCCUCUGCUGCGUAUCAGAGAGUCGAUGAAACCGACAAACUGACCCAAGAGGAAGAGGAAAAGAGAAAACCAAAGACGUAUAGUGAGAUGAUGUCUGAUAGAAAGAAGAGGAUGAGUACAGGGACCCUGAAUUUCUACCCACUGGAUGAUGAUGACGACUUCUUCAGUAAGAAGUCUGACCCUGUAGAAGAGGUCGUACAGAGGAAAGAACUGGUCCGACAGGAAACAGCGCCAUCUGUCAGGCUACAGCAGCGCCUCUCUCUCAAAAACAGAGCUAAUUCUGUUGGAAGUGACAAAGCAAGUUACGAGGAGAAGGAAGUGGCUGAUUGGGCAAAGGAUGAAGAUGAACAAGAACAGGAUAGCAAACAUGAGGGACCGGAUAAAAAGUCUGUAGAGGAUCAAACAAGUGCUCCAAAAAACACUCACGAUGACAAAUUCAACAGAGGGAAAGUGUCAGAAAGUAAAAAAUCUUAUAGUAGUGAUUCCUCUUGGAGAACACAGUCAAAGCAUGACAAUUCUACUGCCAAAAAGACUGAGGAUAAUAAAUUAUCAUCUGUUAGCAAAAUCGGCAACAUUUUAAAAAGUUUUGAGAGAAAAGAACAAGUGGAUUACGAAAAGCCAAAGAAGAAAUUUGAGUUUAGUGUGGAGGCUGGUAGAACUCGUUCAAAAUGGCAGGAAUUGGAGAAAAAAGAGACGAAUGGUCCACAGCCAGUGAAACUCUCAGAUCGACCUGUAGCAAAAUCACACCCAGCAAAGGCUUUCACUGAGAAAAACAUAAAGAUCAACCUACAGAAGCCUCAGAACACUUCCAGGGGUUUUGGAUUUAGUAUCUCGGGAGGCGUGGAAAAGAAACAGCCUGUAACAGUGUACAAAGUCACGAUAGGUAGUGCAGCUGAUGUCUGUGAUUUACAAAUGAAGGACAUAAUCCUAUCUGUGAACAGGAGAGAUGUUUCCUCCAUGACACUACCCCAAGUCCAGCACAUCAUAGACAACUCCGUCAGAAAUGGUCAUCUGGAGCUCAAGAUCAAGAGAGAGAUUGGGGAUGAUGAUGACAUGGAGGAUGAGGCAUUUGAGGAAACAACAGCAAACUCACAGAAUCACUCCCCGAUCUGGAAGUCCCCUGCCCUGGCCCCCAAAACACACAGUCCCAAAACCAGCACCUCCCCAGCUACCAGUCCAAGCUACCAUAACAGACACACAGACAAGUCAACACCCGAGCAUCACAGACACACAAACAAGUCAACCCCUUACCAUCACAGACAUACAGACAGGUCACCUGCUGACCAUCAUACAUCUACCAGUCCAAGCUACCAUCACAGACAUGCAAAGAAAUCUGACUCAGAAGAUCAUACACACCAUGAAAAGUCUACCCCAGAUCAUGAAAGACACCAUGAAAAGUUUACACCAGAACAUCAUAGACACCAUGAAAAGUUUACACCAGAUGAUAAUAGACACCAUGAAAAGUCUACACCAGAACACCACAGACAUACUGAGAGGUCCACAUUUGAAUACAGCAGAAAGGAGGAAAAAACUGAGUCUAGUCCUAGUUAUUACCAAAGGCACCAUGAUACAGCUGUAACCAAUAAGAAAACCGAGAAAGUGCCUCCUCCUGUUCCAGUCAAAAGGACUGCAGCACAAAGAGAGGAGGCCAAAGAAGAGGUAUCCUUCUCCACCAAGUGGGAGCCACCGCACCAGGAACCACAGAAAGAGGAGCCUAAAUCAGCGGACGAUGAACCAAUGUGGAUCCUGGACAAGCUGAAGGCCGAGCACAGACCUGUGACGGACCCGCCCGCCCUGAACACGAGCCAGUCAGAGACAAAUAACAAUGAUGUGAAACAGGAGUCUUCAAGUGAGAGUGAAAGUGAUGAAGAAGAAGAAGAAGAGGAGACCCCAGCCUCCCCAGAGGUCCGUGAGAAGGAGUCCCCUCUGAUAGAAACAGAGGUGGUUCAGAGACCUACCAUCACUCUCAGGAAACAUAAAGAACCUGAGAUCGUAGAACCAGAGCCGCCAGUGGUACCAAAAUCUUCUUUCCCUCAAGAGUCCCCACCCCCACCACCACCCUCAGAGGCACCCCCUCCUCUAAAACCCAGUAAUCUGGACGAGGAUUUGUUCAAGCCUCCAGACAUCCUUAGGCGAUGGCAAAGGUCAAGGUCAGGGCGGUCCUCCUCUUCCAACUCGCUGGACAGUGAUGCUGAUAAACGUCUGAGUUCUUCAUCUCUGCAAGCCGAGGCAAGUAGUAUUAAAGUAAAGAGUCAAUCUUUUCAAAAUCUUUGUGGUAAGUUUGACAAUAAUGAUGUCAAGGUUAAGAAAAAGCCACCCGUUCCACAAAAACCCAGCAGAAGUAAUCUGAUGAGUGAGGUUAGGUCAUUUUGUCCUAGCAGUCUUAGACCUACUGGAAUCUCACAAGGUGUCAAAAAUAGAUCUAGCACCAUGACUAAAAAGCCUGUUCCCUCUCGAAGUAUGUCUGAGAAUGAUGCAAUACCAAGUCAUCUACAACCUACAAGGUGUAGAUCUCCAGUCACUGAGGGAAACAAUCCAAAAGCAAGAUGCGCUAUCAGUCAGGAAUCUGUUAAAACAUUCAGUGGAGAUAAACAGCAUCAAACAGAUUCCACAAGUGUCAGGGACAUUAAAAACAUGGGCACAAUGUCUGACAAAUAUCUAGAGGCAUCAUUAACCCUGUCUAGAAACAGCUCACAGAACAACAAGGAACCAUCUAAAAACAAGUGGAAUUCUUCUUUUGCUAUGACUAACUUUACCUCCAAUACAGGAGAGAAAACUAACCUCUCCAGACAAAAAUCUAGCAGUGCAACAAACUUGUCACAACAGUUCCACUCAGGAACGCAUCAACUUACAAGACACAUGUCUCAGGAAGAUGGCUUAGAUCAGCCAGGAAGAUUAAUCAAAACUAGGGACAUUUACUUAAGAAUAGAAAAGCCAGAGGAAUCCAAAACCAAGAAUCUAAAUCAGAAUGAUACCAAAGUUAACCACAAACCUACUCAAAAAGACACCAGUGGAAAUAUGAAAAGUCCAAGAAUCAUGGUGAACAAAUAUGGCAUUCAGAGUGGAAACAAAGGGAAUUCUCUGGACUCUUUCAGGACCAAAAGAAUAGUUUCUGAUGGAACUGAGGUCAGGAUGCCCAGGAGAGGGACCCCUGUCAUGAAGAAAUGGCCCUCAGAGUCCUCAUAUCUUGUGGAUAUGGACCUCGAUGUAGACUCGGAACCAGAAGUUGACCUGAGGACUGAUAAAAGCCUGACCUCAAUGUUUCCAUGGCAAACAGAAUUAGGGAGAAAGGCAAGCUUUAAGGCUACCAAGAAUUUUAAGAAUACAGUAACUGCUCAGAUUAAUAGAGUUAGUCGUGAUUUCAGUUCAGAUGAAGCUGAGAGUAGCGUUACUAGUUCUGUAGAGGAUCACAGCAAAACCGGAAGUAGUGGAGACUCUAUCAAAUUUGGAGUCCGUUCAAGACCAAAACAAGAGAAUGGGCUGAAUGCUCAUUCAAGAUCAACCAGCUUUCCCAGUUUAGCGACUGAGGAUUCACAGUUUGUUCCAGACCAGGUUGGUUUUGAUGUCAAGUUAAGGAAAAUUACCCAAGAGCUUGAAAGAGUCAGACAAGAACUCUUAGAGAAGACCAUGGGACAGUUCAACAUCAAUCAAGCCAGCCCAAGCCAUGCAGAAACAGAACCUGCGAAGGAGACCCGUUAUGAUGCGACAGUGGGACAGCCUGUGACUCUCCAGAUAUCCACGGCUACAUCUCAACUGAUUAUUGACCCCCGCAACCAGGUCAAUGAAGAGGAGCCUGCACCUCUACAUGAGUACAGCUUCCAUGUCAAUCUUGAUCAACCAAAAGAGAAAGGAAGUGUGCUUCCAAGCCGAGAUUUACAUCAUGACCAGCAACAAGAGGAAGAAGAGCGCAGAAUAAAAGAAAAAGAGGAACAGCUGAAAAAGCAGGAGGAAGAAAUUAGAAAGGAGAGAGAAAAGUUGCGUCUUGAGCAAGAAAGAGUUCGGCGUGAAAGAGAGGCUCUGGAAAGACAAAAACAGGAGGAGGAAAAAUCCAAACAACGCUCAACAUAUGGAACCAAGAGUGAAAUGAAUGGUUAUGAUAAACCUAGUGAUAAUGUGACUCAGUUCAGUGUGUCCCAGGAAACCACCCAGGGACCUCGGAGGCUGGAGACUUUGUGGGCACCAGAUCCUAACAAGGACAAGCAGAGGUGGUCAAGGGAAGACAUGCUGGCCAUGAACCGAAAACCCACUCCUCUACAGAAAAAACCCGAAGCUGAACCAGAGACAGAGAGCUCAAAGGAAGUUCAUUCUAAUUCUGUGCCAAAACCUAGACAACACAGCAAUGACUAUAAUCCAACACAGACCCGGCCCCACAGAUCUGACCACAAUACACACUGGAUGGUGGAGGAAGCAGAGAGGAGGAGAAGGGCUGAUAAUAAACGCCAUUCUGUUCAUUCUUAUGGAGGACCAAUCAAACCGGUGCAUCAGGAGGGGCUAGCCAAUCGUUGGCGAGAUGAUACCUCUAUCCCGAAACAACAGACAUAUACAACUAACAGUGUGAUUUCCCCUAGAUCUUUGAAUACCAAACAAUUUAGUGCUGUGAAUGAACCAGACAAACUGUCUCAGACGCUUCCAGCUAAUUACAGUUAUGGUCAUGGACCAAAGACAGACACCAGUGUGCGACUAUCCCGGGGCUCCCCCACCCCUCCCUCCCCGUCCUCACCCCCCAGUCACGCUGAACAAAUUAUGGCUGUCAGCGGAAAGCAGCUGUGCUCUCACUGUGCACAAGAAUUAGGUUUUGGAGCUGCUAUGGUUAUUGAAUCCUUGGGUCUGUAUUACCAUGUACAGUGCUUCCGAUGUUGUGUCUGCCACACGACGCUGGGUAAUGGAUCCCAGGGUGCUGAUGUCAGAGUCCGAGUCAAUAAGUUACACUGCCGCAACUGUUAUAGUAAUGACGAGGCUGGAUUGAAAUUUAGUAAAGUAUGAGUGAUUUCCUUGAAAUGAUAAACUGUAUGAGAAGUUGACAGUAAUACUGGCCCUGCAUGAAGCUUCAGUGAUUUGGCAGAUCUAUCGAGCAGGUGCCCCCAGUCAAGGGCAGACAACUCUCCAGGGAUUUAGUCUUAGUUAUCCACAUGGGACUAAUGUACUCUCCCUGGUUGCUUAGUUACACAAGAUGGGGAUGUGGCAAUGUUUAAUGUAUUCCGUGUUCAAAUGUGCUUCCAUAAAGUUUGAACAAGCAACUAGGGAAAAGUGUUAUAUAUAUUUUUUUGUAAGUGAUAUACAUGUACAUGUUGUAUGCAAAUGGCAGACGGCCAUGAAAGCAAUGCCAGUGUAAUACUUGCUUGAUUUUGCUUUUAUGUAACUUUUAAAUACAUGUAUUAUGCAAACAAUGUAUAAGAUUUUGAGAAGCAGAUGUCGGAAUGUAUUUCUGAAAGGUUUUGGCUUCUUUGAAGUUCUCUGAUGGAAAUUCUUUUUGAAGUUGAAACUACUUUUUGAACCGCUUCUUUCUCACAUUUGACAUUUGUUAAAGGUUUUGACAUUACUAUACAAGGACAAUUCUGCUUUAAAAAAAAAAAAAUCAGAAAUUUUACUGUAUAAUAAAUUUGCAAACUAUAUAUGGAGGGCCAAAAUAGGGAUUCAUCCAUGGAUCUAUAUGUAUAUGAUGAGCAUUUUUAGCUUGAUAUUUUUAAUAUACAACAGUAUUCCAAAAAUUCAUGUGUUGUGAUCCUGCUAAGUGUAUAUCAUUGAUAAUCAUAUUUACACUUGUUUUGUUGGGUGUUGGUGUACCAUAUAUAACAUUCAAUUGUCAAAUGCAUUAUUUUGUUCAUGUAAUACCCUCAAUAUGCAAAUAGACUGUGCCUUUCUUUAUGGGUAUUUUAAAGAAAUAGGAGUGUACAUGUAUUAUAUACUUAUAUCAUUAUAUAAGUUAUAUAAUUUGAUUGCUAUCGGUUAAAAACUCCUAUAUUGUAUUGUUAUCUUAAACAUUCCAAGGCCAGAUUGUUAAAGCAUAUAUAUUUUGUCUCAGAUUGAUCUAUUUUUUCCACAUAUUAUAUCCUUUAUUUUGCAUAUUUGCUGUGAUCAGGGUAGAUUGAAGGUUUAUGGAAAUUUUGACCAGAAUGUGACCGAUUUAAUCACUUUUACACAACUUGUAUUCAUGUUUAGUCUUGGAUGCAGGGUGUUCAAUAUCAUCUAUUAAAAUAUAAGCAAUAAUGAUAUCUUUAAAUUCUAAUUACUUGUCAGGCUUUGUAUAUUAUUCAGAUUUACUAAUCAUUUGUAUACAGGCAAGUAAUAUUAUAUCAGUAUCUAGGCUAUGCUAUGAAUUCAAGACUGCGAACUAAUUGAUUUAUUUUUUUUUAAAUCAACAUUAAAAAAAUUUAAAACUUGCAGAAUAAAGACCAAGAAUUGCGUGAACUUACCAAAUAAAGACAUGAAGAAUUAUAUAAUACACAAUAAGACUUCCUUAUAUAAAGCGUCGAUUUUGAAGGCACAUUCUCCAUAAUUAAGCACUUGCACAGUCUUUUAUGUGCAUGGUUGAGAGGGCAAAAUCUGUGCAAUGUCAUCAAGCAAUAUUAUCAGUACAAUAACUACAGCAGGUUUAUCUUACACAUUGAAAAGUAUCAUGUGCGUGACAUAAUAUCAUAUAUAUAUAUUUAUAAUUUAUGUAUACAUUGGUAUAUGACUGUAUUGAUCUUUUAAAAGGCUAAUAUAAGUUAUAGACGUGUACUAGAUCAAAGCCUUCAAAGGAAACGCUGGCUUGAGUAAUUAAAUAAGUCAUUACAAAGGUUUGGUUUGAUAAUUCCACUGGUAAUUGCUUUUUUAAAACUUGUGUAAUUGUCAGAUCUUUGGUAUGAUAUGCCAUGACAUAUGAAAUUAAUGAAAAUCUCAUGACUUACUGCAGUGUAUAACAAUUAAGCUUGAAUAACAAUAACUACUAUUUCUAUACACUGUCUGUAUAUCAGUACCUUAUACCUGUAAAUAAGCAGACAACUAUAAUAUAUUGUCAGAGUAAUAUAAUACUAUAAAUGGCUUAAUAUUACAAAAUAAAAUUGUAGAAACCUCAGAA